UCCUUGGAAAGGUCAAGUUGUUCCCUCAGGGUCGUUAGGGUGUGCAAGUUGUUGUGAUCCGGGGACUUUUACAACUUAUGUUUUGGCUAUGUAGCACCUCUUGAUUUUGAAUGCUUGUUUUCCCCAAUGGUUAGAAGUCUGGUACCAAAAAUGUCUAAAAGUCAGAAAAGAGUGGAAAAAAGCAAAUUUCUUUAGCUACACAUGACCGCUUUUUAAAAACGACCAAAUGGCACGGCCUAUAACCCAAUUUAGCAAGAAUGGGGUAAUAAAGCGGACAUUGCCUAAUGAAAUUUGGUGUCGAUUCAGGUUGUGAUGCAAGUCGCCUUUUUCUCUCACUUGGGAAGUUAUGAGACGAUUCGCCUAAAUGUCACCCAUGUUGCGAUAUGUAUAUAAAUUCACUCCUUAGUGAUCGCCAAAUUGUCUGCUUUUCGCAUAAAUUUAAAUCAGAUUGCUUGGUAAUUGUUAGAUAAGCUAAUCAUGAGUUCUCGAAGUUGCACUUCAUUACUACUGAACUGUAAUAAAACCCAUUGUGUACAGCACUUUCCUACAAUUGAAGAAUAUCUUGGUUUUUAUAAGUGACUUCUCAGUUCUAUAGGACAGAUUGUUGUCGACAUGUUUCCUGAAAGGUUCCAUCUAUAUAAGUGCAGACUAGUUCCCUUGAUUGUUUACCAGGCCUAAGUGGUUAAAUAAGGAAUCUCAAAACACAUAUAAGUGUGUUUACUUCAGAAUAAAAUAGUGUUGGAAACCAGUCGUUCUUUCCACCAUGUUUCAUUGUGCUCGAACUCGUGUACACCAUAUCAGUGCAUUGUCGAGUGGGCCAUGUUUCUCCGAUUUUGUUCGAUCUCACCUUCAUGUGAAGAUAACAUACAAAACUCAUGGAUUUAAAUCUUCCUAAAUUUUCUGAAAAUGGUGUUGUUUCGUAGUUAUUCGUCAGAAAGUUGUUACUUGGUAUCUUUUUCAAGUUGUCCACGCAAUCUCAUUAACCUGAUUGUUCUUUGUCUAUCUUUUUGUAUUAGUAUUAUUACUCACUAUGGCCUAUACCAUGUAGAUUGGGAAUUCGGAUCGCAAUAUUACCGAGAGUAUAUUUAGGUUUCUUAGAACAGUUGGCGUAUGCAUAAAAAUGAAAUUGAAUCGAAAUAUUAGCGAGUGGACGCCACACUAGACUGAAGUAGCAAUAGUACUGGCUUAACACAGAAAUUAGAAUUUCACUUGCACAAAAUUUCAUGCAGUUGUAGAAUUAUCCUGAGUUGCAUUGUAUAUGUCCACCCUAAAUGGAAUAGAAAUAUAUGCAAAGUCUUCAAUGGUGUGCCUUAAAUUUUAAUCACUUGGUAAAACGAUAGAGUAGGACUAACAGUUCGAUAGACUAAAAAACAAAGGCAUUAUAAAGAUAUACAUAUAAGGGAUUAAAGUUAAUCACAUAAUUCAACAUAAUUUAAGGAAUAGGAUUUGAUUGUAAAUCCGAUGGUCUAAUGUUCGAUCAGAGUAUAUGGUUGUGAAAAUCAACAUGUCCGGACUAGUAUAGAAUAAUUACAUUAAUUUCGAGUAGCCAAUAACUAGUGUUAUUUAGCUCUAUAGAGUAAAUGGCCUUUUUCUCCAUACUCAUUCGUUGAUUUCUUUCCUGAAGUUUUUGUUAAGCAUCACUCCACAUUCAACACUAAACUUUUAGCUUGAUGUUUUGAAAGUGAUAUUUAGUUUAUUUCAAGUCGGUUUCAUUUUUAUCUGAUUUAAGAUGGUCAACCCUAUAAGAAUGGAAAUUGAUUUAACUACUCAAGUGGCUGAAGCUGCAAAUAUUGAUCGAAAUCUAGUCAGUCGUGUGAUUCCAAUGUUUGAAAAUGGCUAUACUGUGCCAUUUAUUGCACGCUAUCGAAAAGAAGUAACUGGAGGCGCAGAACCAACAGUGUUGCAUAGACUGAAGGAAAAAAUGAAUGACUGCAAAAUGCUUGUUGAUAAAAUUGAGAAGUCACUUCAGUUUUUUGAUAAGAGUGGAUUACUAACCAAUGAAUUAUCGCAACAAUUAAUGAAAUGCAAAACAACUGAAGAUAUUAAGCUUUUGGGAAGUUUAUGA